AUGAAGUGGGGCUGGGUGUUUUUAGGGGUCUUCCUUUCUUUGGGGACCCUGUCCUGGGGAGAGGCGGGCUUGCAGGUCCCAGAGUACGAUGACAAAGACCGUGUCCAUGACCUCACUGCCAAGAACUACAAGUCCAUCAUGAAGAAGUACGACGUGAUGGUGAUCUACUACCAUAAAAAUGUGGCUGGGAACCGCAGUGCCAUGAAGCAGCUUCAGAUAGAGGAGCUGGCUUUGGAGCUUGCAGCCCAAGUUCUGGAGGAUCUUGCACAUGAGGAUGUUGGAUUUGGAAUGGUGGAUGAAAAGAAGGACUCUGCUGUUGCCAAGAAGCUGGGUCUGGACGAGGUGGAGAGCAUCUACAUCUUUGCCAACAAUGAGAUCAUUGAGUACGACGGCGAGCUGGCCGCUGACACCCUGGUGGAGUUCCUCUAUGAUGUGAUGGAAGACCCGGUGGAGAUCAUUGACAAUGAGCGGGAGCUGAAGGGCUUCUAUAACAUCGAUGAGGUUAUCAAGCUGGUCGGCUAUUUUAAGAGCGAGAAAUCCCCUCAUUUCAUUGAGUAUGAUGAUGCUGCUGAGGAGUUCCACCCCUUUGUCAAAUUCUAUGCCACAUUUGACCCCAAGAUCGCCAAGAAGCUGAAGCUGAAGCUGAAUGAAGUAGAUUUCUAUGAGCCCUUCAUGGAGGAAUCUGUCACCAUUCCAGGAAAGCCCUACAUCGAGUCUGAGCUUGUUGAAUACAUUGAACAACAUGACAGGCCCACUCUGAGGAAGCUUGAGCCUCACAGCAUGUAUGAAAUCUGGGAGGAUGAUAUUGAUGGAGAGCACAUUGUUGCCUUUGCUGAAGAAGACGACGCAGAUGGUUUUGAAUUCCUGGAAAUCCUGAAGGAGGUGGCGCGUAAGAACACCAACAACCCCAACCUUAGCAUCAUCUGGAUCGACCCUGACAAUUUCCCCCUGCUGGUUCCAUACUGGGAGAAGACCUUCCGUAUCAACCUCUCUGUGCCUCAGAUUGGUGUGGUUGAUGUUGAGGAUGCUGACAGCGUGUGGAUGGAAAUGGACGACCAAGAUGACAUGCCGACAGCCGAAGAGCUCGAGCAGUGGAUUGAGGACGUUUUGUCUGGAAAGAUUGACCCAGAUGAUGAUGAUGAUGAAGAGGAGGAUGAGGAUGACGACGAGGAUGAUGAAGAGGAGGAGGAGUAUGAAGAUGAAGACGAAGAUGAUGAUGAAGAGGAGGAGGACGAUGAUGACAACGAUGAUAACGAUGAUGACGAUGACGACGAUGAAGAUGAUGACGAAGAAGAUGAUGAUGAUGAAUAAAUGUCUGCUACGAUCAUUCACCUCACUGUGAUUUAGCCAGUAACAGCAAACCGCAAAAGUAGCAACAGUUUUUUGUAACAUCUUGCAGCAAACAUAUUUGUGUGUUUGCGUGGUUUCAAAUAAUGGUAUAGUCCUUUAGGACUAGAAUGGCCCUAUGGGAAAUCUUUGCUGUCACUUAGGGAAGGAGAUUUACAAAGCAGCAGAGGAUUUGCAUCUCCAUCAAUGAACAGAGUUGCAGUUUAAAACGUAAGCGUUAUAUGUCCUUUAAUACUGUAUGAAAAGCCUGUUCACGUUGUACUUCUGAGACUCACAGUGUAAGCAAGGAGGCUAAGACAGGCUAACGUCCCUGACCUUUUUUUACCUAAUGCCACAUAUUCACCCAUCUCUCACAUGUUUUCUACUUGAUAAAGAGCAGAAACUCUUUAUUGUAUUAAUU